ACAAUGACAUAUUUUUCUCAUUGUAAUGACUACACUACUAACAGAAAGAAAUGCAGAUCACUUUUGUAAAUUUGCGAUUGUAAUUUUAAUAUUCAUUUAUUGAAUGCUGCAACUGCUGCAAGACACAAGGUACAAUCAUUUCUGAUAAAUGGAGAUCAGGAAACCUCAAGUUACAAGUUCACGGAAAGACAUUACUUAUAAACCAAGUGCAUGGAGUGUGCAUCAGUUUGAAAUAUGGAGCGGUGAGCUGUUGUGCAAAGCUGUAGCGUUGCGCGUCGAUGGAGCCCUGCUGCUCUGGGUCGGCAGCGGCGGCGCACCGGAGCUGAGCGAGGUGGCGCUGGGCAUGCCGGGAGCGGGCCGCGCGGCGCUGGCCACCACGCUGGUGGGCGCGGACGGCGCUGCGACGGCGCUGGCUCGCCGCCUGUCCGCCGCGCUCGCUCGACCUGUUUACGUGUGCAGCGGCCUUGUGUUCGACCGCUUUACGAUGCCACUCGUCGAAAGUGGACUUAUUACAGAAAUUAAAAGCAGGCCAGAAUGCUUUUAGACUUGUGACUACUCUAAAUAAGAAAGAAGCCAGUGUGCCGGCUUAUUGCGAUAUUAAAAUUUGAUUGUUACCCUAAAAGAUAAGUGGAAUAAAGUGCAAAUGUGCCAAAUGGAUGUAAUCUUGUUACAUCAGAGAACACCUUGGGGGGAGGGGAAACUCAGUUUCUUGCAUUUUGUGCAGAUUUUGUAUUUCAUUGUUCUUUCCAGGUGACCAUAAAAAGUGUACAAGAUAAUAUCUAUUACGCCACUUGCUGAAACUCAAA